AGCGCUACAAGGACGGGCGGAACGUUCAGCGCAAGCGCCGCGUGUCCCGCGCCCCGCCGCCCCGCGGGCAGUUCGUGUGCGAGCAGUGCGGACGCAUACUGCCGAACGCGACGCUGCUCCGGUACCACCAGCGCACGCAUCAGGACGUGAAGCCGUACGCCUGCACCGAGUGCCCGAAGACAUUCGCCUUGAAAUCUUCUUUAAACUUCCACAUGCGUUCCCACACUGGUGAGAGACCGUUCCAGUGUCCGCUGUGCCCGCUCGCCUUCACCGUGAAGGCCAACCUCAACAGACACCACAGAACGGCGCACUUGAAGCUGCACCCCCGCAUCCCGUGCUCGAUCUGCGGACGCGUGUUCACCACCAACUCCUGCGUCAGGGUCCACAUCAACACGGUACACCACGGCCAGCCCGGGCCCAAGCGGGACCGACGCAAGCGCAAGAAACCUGACUCACCCUGUACCAUCUCUAGUCUCACACAAUAGUGUAACUUGAAGCUGCACCCCCGCAUCCCGUGCUCGAUCUGCGGGCGCGUGUUCACCACCAACUCCUGCGUCAGGGUCCACAUCAACACCGUCCACCACGGCCAGCCGGGGCCCAAGCGGGACUGGCGCAAGCGCAAGAAACCCGAG